AUGGCUGCAAAAAUGAAGUCCGACUGGAGCACCAGAAAAUUAAAUGCCCUUUGCGAAUUCCACCAAAAACGAGGACACAAGACCAAGGAGUGUAUCAUCCUCAGACAAGAGUUCGUGAACAUGCUUCACCAAGGGCACCUAAAAGAGUUGAUGAGCGAUCGAGGAAGGGCUAACUUCGCACGAGGGCGAGAACAACAUCAGGGGCUGCCCAAACCACCUUCCUUAGUUCGUACCAUUCAAAUGAUUAUCAGGGAACGCGACGACACAUCUAUCAACAGCGUGAAUUUCACCACUACUCACAAGCUCAAGCGAUCAAUCACCCACGAAUGGUAUGACGAACUCGGAGAAAGUAUCAUCUUCGAUAAGUCAGAUACCCACAGUUUGGUCUUUCCUCAAUAUGAUGCCUUUGUCAUUACUUUACGUGUUUUUGAUACUGAUGUAAGAUGUAUCAUGGUCGAUGAUGGAAGCAGCGCGUGCAUCAUCCAUCCUCGAGUUCUCACCCAAAUGAUGCUCGAGGACAGAAUAGUGCCACGUUGCAUCACGCUAACAAGUUUUAACAAUGCAGUUGAGCGGACAUCUGGAGAAAUCAUGUUGCCCGUCCUGGCCACCAGCGUCACCUUGGAGACCACGUUCCACAUCAUGGACCGGGAUACAACAUACAAUGCCAUCAUAGGCUGA